GCCACGAAGUCCCGGGUGGUUGCCACUUAUUUUAUAUUAUUAAAAAACAAAUUACAAAUAUUUUAUCACAGAACAAAAUUCUCUUAAAGUUUUUAGUUAAGUGUGUAAAAUGCGCAGCGAGGCACCGCAGUUUAAAAGAUGUUGUUUCUGCGUUCCUUUACGGAGAGGAUUGAUUGGAUGGGGAUAUUGUAAGCUGGUCCUCAACGUUUUAACGUUCGCAUACAUAAUACUGUUAUGCUCUCUGAUUCGGCGGUACGGUGUUUUACGGUUUAAAGACAUCGCAAUCUUUAUUGUCGUUAUUGCGAUCGUGAUCACAGACACAUGUUUUAAUAUUGGCCUCGUCGUUGCCGGCCAUCGGAAAAGCGUCAAGUUGCUACGAGUAUCAUAUAUCUACAACCUGGUGUCUCUGAGUCUAGUGAUGCUGGCUCAUUGUUUCAAAAUCUACACAAACCUAUACAACAUCUAUUGGAUGACACAGUAUAUGGGAUUCCACAUGUUCUUCAUAGUUGAUCUUAUGGUCUGCGCGGCUCUUGCGUUUGGUGUCAUUUUUGUACAAGUGUACAUGAUAUUACUGAUACGCAGCGAGAUGAUAAAACUACAGAACCAGUCGCUAGAAAUUCAGUUCUCAAAUCAUUUAGCCGGCGAGCCGCAGUGCACGCUUCACAAUACGUCGGAACAGUGUACCGAGGAGAAACGGGCCGUGCAGAACUGUUGCACGGACAAGCAAGCCCUGCAAAACUGUUGCACGGACAAGAAGCAAGCCGUGCAGAACUGUUGCACGGACAAGCAAGCCCAACAGAACUGUUGCACGGAUAAGAAUCAACUCGGGAAAAGCUGUUGCACGGAUGAAAAAGUCCUUGACAGUUUGAUGUUAUCAUACGCAGCAUUGAUGUUUUAUUUGCUUGCUGUACACGGUCCAGGACUGUUUUCUUCAGAUAUUGUUAUAUAUACAAUUACUGGUGCUUGCUUAUUCAUCGAUAUUUCCUUCAACAUUGUCUUCAUCGUGGCUGGACAUAAGAAAAGCGUUAAGUUGCUGAAACUGUCCUAUGUAUAUCACAUGGUGUGGGUGGGUUUGUUGACGUUAGGAACCUGUUUGAUGCUGUAUGCUGACAUCGAUUUUAUUCAAAGAAUAUGGCCAUACAUGAAAGACAGCAAGUACAUAAUCUUAGAGUUAUCAGGUUCUGGACUUGGGAUCAGCCUUAUAUUUGUGCAAAUCUACGUAAUCUUACUGACACGCAGCGAAAUAAGAAAGCUACAGAUCCAAACGCUAGAAAUGCAGUUCACAAAUCACGUAGCGGCGGGAGAGCCGUUGUGCACGCUUCACAACGAGUCUGCACAGACAAGAAAAACAAACCACUGCACAGACAAGAAAAACAUCGUGCAAGCCGUUUGCACGGACUAGAAAUAAGGCGACAGCGACUGGAUACUGUAGAUGUAGAUCGUUACAUGUAAAUGAUUGAGCUAA